GAAUGAUUUAGUUGUUGUGGCAUGGAGCAUGAAGGAAAAGUUUGCAAAAUAUUGGGGAGAUCCAACAAAAAUGAAUAAGAACAUUUUUUUUGCAGUGGUGUUGGAUCCUAGUCAAAAAAUGAGAUAUUUAAAUUGCCUUCCUAGGGAUUUGUAUCAAGAGCCAGAAGGAAAAGCAAAAGAAUAUGGAUGCUGGAUUGAAGCUGAAUUGAGGAAGCUGUUUGAAUUUUACAACGCUGAAAUAGAAAAUCAGAACAAGAAUUGUGGCAGUAAUAGCACAAAUGCCACGUCUAGUUCUAGUGGGGGACAAGGGCCGAAUCGAAGUAACCUUAAUCACCCUAUUAGAUCUAAACCAAGUAGUGAGAAUGGUGUUGGUGGUGUUGCAAGCUUAAAGGCAUAUAGGAAUAGCAACGUUUCUUCUUACCAAAGUGAACCAGGAAAUAAGAAAUGGGUGAAGGAUACUAAGAGAUUCAAAGAUAUUUAUCAAAGGCUCAAGAGUGGGAGAUUUCCUAUUCUUGUAGCAAUGGCACGAGACAUUUUAGUUAUUCCAGUUUCAACAGUGGCAUCUAAAUCAGCUUUCAGCACAAGUGGUCGUGUGUUAGAUGACUUUAGGAGUUCCUUAACUCCUAAGAUGGCAUAAGCUCUAGUAUGCACACAAGAUUGGCUUAGGCAAAAAAGAAAACAUGUAAAUAUUACUCUUGAUUGUGAGGAUUUAGAUGAAUUAGAGGAAGUAGAAGUACGUAAGUUUAAUAUUUUUAAAAAUAGAUUGUCUACCAUUUAAAUUUUGAUUUUUAAAAUUAUGUUAUUUUGGCUAAAUGUUAUUAUUGGAUUUCAUAGUUUGCAGAAUAUAAGAAGAAGUUACAUCCAUCACUUUUAGAUGGUUGACAUUUGCUGUUGUGCAUGUGAAGUUUUGGAUUUUGUUUUUUUUUGGGUUGCUUGUUGCUGCAAAUGUUGUUAGCUGUUGCUAUAAAUACUGCUUUUGGAUUUGUUUUUUGGGUUGCUUCUUGCUACAAAUGUUACUAGCUGUUGCUAUUUUGGUUACUUGUUGCUGCAAGCUUGCAAAUGUUGCUGCAAGCUUGCAAAUGUUGCUGGUUGUUCCUAUAAACACUGCUUUUGGAUUUGUUUUUUGGAUUAUUUGUUGCUGCAAAUGCUGCUGGUUGUUGCUAUAAAUGCUGCUAUUACUUAUUUUGUUUCCCACAAUUGCAAAGUUGCAUUAGGUGUGGAAUUAAUGACUUGUUUCAUGGACGAUGAUUUUUAUAGAUUUCUGGCUUUGUCAUGUUUUUAGCAAUGUUGAUUAAAGUGUUGAGAAUAAUUAUUACAAUUCAUU